AUGAACAAGGUGCUCGGAGGCACGAAGGUGUGGUCUACACUGAGACCACGGCCACCUAGCCGUUCAGCUCCUUCUUCUGCCUGCUGGGCUCCCUCCCCGCCUCCGCCCCCGCCUCUCCGAGAGUCCCGGCGGUCCGCUCGGCUCCCCGGCUCCCCUCUCGCACCCCCGCCUCGCAAGCCACCCGCGGCUCCAUUCGCCCAGUCCGGCCGCUCCAGUCCGGAUCUCGCUGCCACCCGACCCGGGUGCGAGUUCCAGCAGCUGGGAAGGAGGCGGCAGCGGCUGGCCCCGGUUCCCCUCGGCCGCCUCGUCAGCCCGAGGGGCCGAGGAGGCUCGGGGACCGGGCCGGGGCCGGCCGGGGCGGCGGGCGAGUUCGCCUUUGCUUACCUGGCCUGGCUCAUCUACUCCAUCGCCUUCACUCCCAAGGUUGUGCUCAUCCUGGGAACGUCUAUCCUGGACCUCAUCGAGCUGCGAGCGCCCUUUGGCACCACCGGCUUUCGCCUCACCAUGGCGCUGUCCGUGCCGCUGCUCUACAGCCUGGUGCGUGCCAUCAGCGAGGCGGGCGCGCCCCCGGGCUCGGCGGGUCCCCUGCUCCUGCAGCCACAGCAGCAUCGCGCGGCGGGCUGCUUUCUGGGCACGUGUCUGGACCUACUGGACAGUUUUACGCUGGUGGAGCUGAUGCUGGACGGCCGUGUGCCGCUUCCCGCGCACCUGCGCUACCUGCUCAUCGCCGUCUACUUCCUCACGCUUGCCUCCCCAGUGCUCUGGCUGUACGAGCUGAACACCACCGCAGCAGCUCCGUCCUGGGGCCAGGCCUCCGGGCCUGGAAGCUGCAGCCGCCUUUUGCGCUUGCUGGGGGGCUGCCUGGUGGACGUGCCCUUGCUGGCGCUGCGCAGCCUCCUGGUCGUGAGCUACCAACAGCCACUGUCCAUCUUCAUGCUCAAAAACCUCUUUUUCCUUGGCUGCCGUGGCCUGGAGGCCUUGGAGGGCUGCUGGGACCGAGGGAGUUGGGUUUCCCCAAGUCGGGCCAGAAGCAGCUAUGGUGCUCCUCCCUCUGCCCCACCACCACCGCCUCCACCGCCACCUCAGGGAGGGUCCCAGCGGGGCCACUUGGAAAAUGAAGGGGGUCCUCAUGGCUACGUCAACACUCUAGCUGUGGCCUCUCAGAAUUGAAAAAGGUGAAGGGCAGGGGCUCCGUUCUUGGCUUGAGAGUUUCGGGCCUCCUUGGCUGUGUUUUGAAGAGGUCACUGUUGAUAAGGCUGACGGCCAGCGAAUUCUUCUGCACCCUAUGGGUGGAGACUACUUGGAGGGAGACCAGUAAUAUAUUGUGAGGAAGGAGGGUCCAUGUUCACCGUGGUCCUUCUCCAAAGUCUUGCCUGUCCUGACGCACACGGGACUGGAUGAAUGUGCCACCUGCUCUUCUUGCCUUCAUUCUGUGGGGGAGAGUGGAAGAAGGGGGUGUUCAGGCAGGGAUGGUAAGCUUUGGUAGAUGAAGUGUGUGUGUGUGUGUGUGUGUGUGUGUGUGUGUGUGUGUGUGUGUGUGGUGUGUGCGUGCAUGCGUGGUAUGUGUGUGGUGUUUUUUUCUGGGUGUCUGUCCCAUGCCCCUUGCAGUGAGAAGGAGAUCUAGGGAGGCCUUGCUGCCCCCACACAUGCCACCACCAUCCUUUCCUGCCUGAAUUUAUGACCAGGAUCCCCAGGAGUUGUUGGGUUGCCACGCUCCAAGGGAGAAGCUCACCCAGGGUCGUCCUCACUCCUGCUCCCCUGUUCUCAGCUUGGGGAGGAGAGGGUCUCUGCUGUAAGGACCCACAGUGCCCUUUCUCGGGUGAGUGCGUAUUUCUACCUCUGUGCUUUCGACUUUCAUCCCAUCACACACUGAUACUGCUCGCGAAAACUAAACAAAAACCACUCAGAAAGUUGCAUUCAGCAUGGACACUGGAUCCCUUUGGGGUUUGUACCAGAUAUUACAGGGUCUGUGGAGUAUUAGCCAUUGGCUUGCUCUCUUUUGGUUCCUCCUUUGGCACCAGAAUUCUUAUCCUUCCUCUGUUGGUACUGACUGGGUUGGAACUGGUUCAGAGUGCCUGCUUUACUGGGCGCAAAGGCGUGUGAGGUCUGGCCUCCUAGGGACCCUCCGGAAUGCCACCUGCUCUUUUGGAGAACUCGGCAUAGAGCGGAGACGGUGGCGACCUUUCUUCUCUCCUCUGCUCAGGUCUCAUCAGGGAGAAGGCUUGCUGCGGGACCCUCCUGGCCCAGCCUUCUCCCACGGGGUCCUCAUGGUGAGGCUCUCCUUAGGGCUGUCUUUCAAGGAAAGUCAGGGUUGGCUACUCUAGUCUUGACAAGGGAUGUUACCCUUGGAAUCUCUAAUGCAGGAUAAGUAUUCUGAGGGGAGUCAAGGGUCAGAAGCCUAGGGAGCAAGGUCAGGAUAUAAUCACCCCCACAGCGGGAUUGGGUGUGUGUGGGGGAACCUGAAGAAUAUUGGUUCCCCUUCUCUCUUCUGUUUUGGGAGUUUUGUGUGGUGUAAUGAACCUAGACAAGGGGCUGUGAUCUGUUCUGCCUGUUAUUUGCUAGAUUUGAAUGCUAUGUUCUUUUUGCUUUCUAGGCUUUUUUCAGUUACCUUUCCUCCUUCUUUCCUUUCUCUCUCUCUCUCUCUCUCUCUUUCUCCCUUUCUUUUUUUGUCUUUCAAGACAGGG